CCCUCUGGCCUUGCGCGGCUCCCUGGGGGCGGGGCAAGGCCCCUCUCUCGUGCCCCCCCCCCGACAGGGCUGACCUCCGCCAGCCUGCCUGCGGUUUGGACUAUGAGACUCGGCCGCUCCCCACCCCCCCGCCGGCCAUUGGACCCGGCUAAAGUCCCUCGUGCAGCGGCCGAGGCGCCGACUGUCGCUCACCCCCGGACCCUCGGCCGCCGGGCGGCUUGUGCACCUGCGCGCGGGGAGCGGCCGUUGCUGAGGGCGGAAGCGGCGCGAGCGGCCCCGGCCCGGCUGGCUGAGGCAGGAUGGCGGAACAACGCGCAGAGAACCUGUCGGUGGUGGUGCAUCGCGCCGGGGACCUGCGCCUGGAAAAUCGCCCAGUCCCAGAACCAGGUCCCAAUGAGGUGCUGCUGAGGAUGCAUUCGGUCGGGAUCUGUGGAUCUGAUGUCCACUACUGGCAGAAUGGUAGAAUUGGGGACUUUAUUGUAAAGAAGCCCAUGGUGCUAGGGCAUGAGGCAUCCGGAACCAUCAUCAAAGUGGGGUCAUCAGUAACCCAUCUGAAGCCAGGCGAUCGAGUGGCCAUUGAGCCUGGUGCUCCGCGAGACAUCGAUGAAUUCUGCAAAAUCGGACGCUACAACCUGUCUCCGACUAUCUUCUUCUGUGCGACACCUCCCGAUGAUGGAAACUUGUGCCGAUAUUAUGCACACAAUGCCAGCUUUUGCUACAAGCUUCCAGAUAAUGUCACCUUUGAAGAAGGGGCCCUCAUUGAACCUCUUUCUGUGGGAAUCCAUGCCUGCCGAAGAGGCGGAGUCACUCUGGGAUCCAAAGUCUUAAUCUGUGGAGCUGGACCCAUUGGGCUAGUUUGCUUGCUCGUUGCCAAGAUAAUGGGUGCCGCCCAGGUAGUAAUCACUGAUUUAUCUGCUUCCCGCCUGGAAAAAGCCAAAGAGAUUGGGGCAGAUUUCACCAUUCAGAUAAAGAAAGAGACCCCAAAGGACAUGGCCUGCAUGGUGCAAGAUUUGCUUAACUGCAUGCCUGACAUAACCGUGGAGUGCUCCGGGGCAGAGGCCAGCAUCCAAACUGGCAUUUACGCCACUCGCUCGGGUGGGACCCUGGUUCUGGUGGGGCUGGGGCCAGAGAUGGUCCACGUCCCCAUCGUGAAUGCUGCUGUGCGGGAGGUGGAUAUCAAGGGGAUAUUUCGCUAUUGCAAUACGUGGCCCAUGGCGAUUUCUAUGCUUGCAUCCAAGAGAGUGGACAUCAAGCCUUUGGUUACACACCGCUUCCCUUUGGAAAAAGCGCUGGAGGCCUUUGAGACAACCAAGAAGGGCUUGGGGGUGAAAGUUAUGCUGAAGUGUGACCCCAGUGACCAGAAUCCCUGAAGAAUGGCACUGCACUCCUCCCCCAUUAUACUGCCUGUCUUAAAGAUGAAGAAUGGGCUUUAUAGAGAGAUGGGAACUGUAAUGAUAAGUUUAUAAGUAGUAUGUGGUGUUUGGGGAAUAAAGUUAUGGUCACCUGUUGUGCA